ACCGCAAGUAACGAAGCCGUUGUGCAAGGGAGGAGAUCAUCCAGCCGCGGGGCAGAUCGUGGUGUCAAUGUUGAGGAAGACUUGCAGCACGGGUACGCACGUAAGCGUAGAGGUCAAAGACACGACGGUGCGCACAAGAUGACUCUACGGCAAGGCGUGGCUGGGAAGACUGCGACGACGCUCGCAGAAGGACGACCCGUUGAUAUGUCAACCGAGUUGUGGUGGUGGGAGGCUACAGUGACGACAUGUGGUGUGAUAGUGGGAGACGAGCGAAGGGCAACGACGCACGCCAGCAGUAUAAGCAGGCCAACAAGUGUAUACAGCGCCAAUGGCAGAAGAGGCUGCCCGACGAGAGUCGGCGAGGCCGGUCGCUGUCACAAGUGUGACCGCGGGUAACGAGGAAUGCGUUGUUGGGUGAGCAUCGGGUAGCUGGUGGUGUGCAGUGGAAGGGAGAAG